ACGAUAAAAUCACAUCGCAAUCCUUUGAAAGACUCGGACUUGUUUUCAUCCUUCUGCUGGUAGAUUUCCGAACCGAUUCAUUGCCAUCUUCCGUGUCAGGCAUCCAGACAUCCACCCCAGCACCUCCCAAACCUCACCUUCCAUUCUCCAAGCGGCCCACAUCAAGCAACCACCACUCAACGCCAAAAUGUCGCUUGCCUUCAAAGUCAUCACAUCCUUCUCCUCGAUAUUCACCGCGACCUACAGCACGAUCGAGUCCCUCAUAUCUUCCCCUAACCAGGAAACCAACCCCCAACAAAACCACGCCUUUCAAGCUCCUUCCCCCACCGACAAACGAAGCCCCUGCCCCAUGGUAAACGCCCUCGCAAACCACGCUUACCUGCCCCGCGAUGGGUCCAACGUCUCCCUCCUCAAACUCAUCCAAGCCGCCAAAGAAGGCAUCAAUCUCGCACCAGACGCCACCCUCAUCGUCGGGCUCAAAGCCCUUCAGACCUCAACCACCGGCAGCUGGCUUACCUUCAACCUGGACGACCUGAACAAACACGGUGUCAUCGAAGACGACGCCUCCCUCAGCAGAAAAGACGUCUUCUUUGGCGAUAACCACUCCUUCUCCCCCGAGACUUGGGAAACAGUCUUUAAACACUUCCGAGGACUGGAGAAAAUCCCCCUUGAAGUUGCCGCAAAGGCCAGAAAGGAACGAGUGGAGGGUGCAAGGGCUUCCAACCCGGAGUUUAACCUGACUGAUGAUCAGAACAGGUUCUCCAUUCUGGAGACCUGUCUGUAUCUCAUGGUCUUUGGGGAGGGAACGCAGGGGAAUGCACGCACUGACUGGGUCAAGGUGUUGUUUGAAGAGGAGAGGUUGCCGUUUCAGGAGGGGUUCAAGCGGUCGUCUUCAAUGCUGACGCUUGGCCAGAUUUUGGAGUUGCACAAGAAGGUGGAGGCGGUUGGAGGCACUGGGCUCGCGAUCAAGUGGCGGAAGGAGGGGAGGGAAUACAAGUAGCAACCCAUAGGUAUUUUGGCAUCAAUUCUAAUUACUUCAACUUUUUG